AUGAAGGGUGCAUUUCGGGUCCCUUUGCUUCUCCUCUGUGCAACACAACACAGCGGGACUGAAACAGCCUUCUUGCUUUCAGUUCUCCCAUUAGCAAGCAGCAACCUCGUCCAGUUUGCAGAUAUUAUUCGACAGCUAACUGGGAAGCUGCCAUCUCUCUUUUACAACGGGUACGGAUGCUACUGUGGAAUCGGAGGGUCCAAACAGCCUCUGGAUGAAACUGACUGGUGCUGCCAUACCCACGAUUGUUGCUAUGAAAAGAUGACAUUGCUUGGCUGCAACCCCAAAAUGGAGAUAUACUCCUACUCUUUCAAGAAGGGCAGUGUAGUUUGCGAUGGAGAAACUAUGUGCCAAAAGAUGAUCUGUGAAUGUGAUAAAGCCGCCGGCCUCUGUUUCCAUAAAGCCACCUAUAAUAUCAAAAACAUCUAUUACCCAAACUUUCUAUGCAGGGGGACCACUCCUCCUUGCUAGGACCUCAGAAACUGCCUUGCUUCAACCUCCCUGAAGGGGGUGCUGUUACAAA